AUGGGCUCUCUUCAACGUCCCUUCAAGCUUUAUUUCGUUCCAUUUCUCACUCCCGGCCACAUGGUCCCACUCUUCGAACUCGCUCGCUUAUUCGCUGCACGUGGUAUCCACGUGACCUUCUUCACCACUCCUGCCAACGCCCUCCUCCUCCGUAAAGCCGUCGACAAGGACGUCGCCGCCGCCCGUCCUAUCUCCCUCCACGUCCUCCACUUCCCUUCUAGAGAAGCCGGCAUCCCCGAUGGCAUUGAGAACCUCCUCGACGGUGCCGUCGAUGCCCAAACUCUUUCUGGCGUCUGCAAAGGCAUUGCCAUCCUCGAGGAACGCUUCCAGGACGCCAUUCUCCAAAACCCACCGGACUGCCUCGUCGUCGACUUUGUAUACUCGUGGGCCUCCGAUUUGGCGGCCCGACUCGACAUCCCCGCCAUCGCCUUCAACAGCUUCUGCCUCUUCAGCGUAUGCGCCAUCCACUCCUUGAAGUCUUUUGCCAUGCCGGGUUCGGGUCCUUUUAUAAUCCCGGAUCUACCCCACCAGAUAUCCAUGAAUUUUCAGCCUCCAGAGGAAUUCAAUUCAGCUAUGGUUUCGCGAAUAGAAGCUUCGUACAAGACCAAUGGAAUCAUCAUGAAUAACUUCGCGGAGCUUGACGGCGAGUACGCUGAACAUUACGAGAAGAUCAGUGGGCAUAGAGUUCGGCAUAUUGGGCCGGCCGGACUUAUUCACAGAACAGCGGAGGAGAAAACAGAGAGGAGCCAUAAGAGCGCGGUGAAGGAACACGAAUGCCUGAGUUGGCUUGACUCGAAGGAACCCAACUCAGUGCUCUACGUCUGCUUCGGGAGCUCCUGCCGUUUUUCCGACGCCCAACUCUACGAGAUUGCAAGCGGGCUGGAAUCCUCCGGGUGCGACUUCAUCUGGGUUGUCUCAGGGAAGGACAUAACAGAGAACGAAACAGAGGAAGAGAGAGAGAAAUGGAUGCCGAAGGGUUUCGAAGGGAAGGUGAAGCGCGAGAACAAGGGAAUGGUGGUGAGGGGGUGGGCCCCACAGCUGUUGAUCCUGGGCCACGAGGCGAUCGGCGGGUUCAUGACUCACUGCGGGUGGAACUCGGUGGUGGAGGGCAUAACUGCGGGAGUUCCGAUGAUAACUUGGCCGGUGCACAGCGAGCAGUUUUACAAUGAGAAGCUGAUAACGGAGGUGCACGGGAUCGGGGUAGAGGUGGGCACAGAGGAGUGGGCCUUGUGGGUGUUCGACGGCGGGAAGAAGAUGGUGACCAGAGAUCGUAUAGAGAAAGCAGUGAGAAAGGUGAUGGACGGUGGAGAUGAAGCGAUGGAGAUGAGAAAACGAGUGGGGGAGCUGGGCAAGAAGGCGAAAGAAGCAGUUCAAGAGGGAGGCUCAUCGCACACUAAUUUAACAGCACUGAUCACCGAGCUUAUCCGGUGGAGAGAGGCUAAGCCACUUGAUCAAAUCCAAAAAUGUGAAAUGUAG